AUGGGCUCGUCGUCGAAUGGCGCAACGAAUGGCGCCCUAUUGAAUAACAAAAUCGACAAAAUCGUGCCGCGGGUUUACAAAAAACGAUAUUUGAUCCUCGUCAUUUUCAUAUUGCUGUCGGCAUCGAACGGCGCCCAAUGGAUUCAAUAUUCGAUUAUUGCAAAUAUUAUCGUCGAUUAUUAUCAUGUCUCAUAUCAAGCGGUUGAUUGGACGAGUAUGAUCUACAUGCUCACUUAUAUUUUCUUCUUUAUUCCAGCCGCAUGGUUCCUCGACAAAUUCGGAUUGCGACUAUCGAUUUUCCUCGGCGCGGCGGGCAAUUGCAUCGGAGCAUGGAUUAAGCUUCUCUCGACGCAUCCCGACAGCUUCUGGGUGACAUUCGUCGGGCAGACCAUCGUCGGAGCUUCGCAAAUGUUCACAUUGGGAAUUCCGCCGAAACUCGCCGCCGUCUGGUUCGGGCCCGAUGAAGUCUCGCGAGCUUGCGCCGCCGGAGUGUUCGGCAAUCAAGUCGGAAUCGCCGUCGGCUUUGUUCUGCCGCCAAUGAUUGUGGGCAAUGGAACGGUGAAAGAGGUGACGAGGGAUUUGAACACAUUGUUCCUGGGAUCAGCAGUCCUGAAUACAGCAAUCUUGGCACUCGUUAUUUGCUUCUUCUCGGCUCGCCCAAAAACGCCGCCAAGUCUCGCCCAAUUGGCCGCACUCGAAGAGAAAACGCUCGACAACAACUUCUGGUCGACACUACGCGAUUUGAUGACAUCCCGCGAUUUCGUCCUUCUUUUUAUCACCUACGGCAUCAACACCGGCGUCUUCUACGCGAUAUCGACACUUCUCUCGCAAAUGGUGCUCAGCGUCUAUCCGACGGAGACGGUCGCCGUUGGACAAGUCGGCCUGCUCAUCGUCAUUGCCGGCACAGUUGGAAGUGUGGUUGGCGGCGUUUUUCUCGAUAAAUUCAAAAAAUUCAAGCUUACAACCAUCAUGGUCUAUUUGUUCUCCUUCCUUGGCUUGGUUUCGUUCAUGCUGACGAUUGACCUCAACUCGAUGCCCCUCGUUUUCGUCAAUGCCGCCCUUCUCGGAUUUUUCAUGACCGGCUAUCUUCCAAUCGGAUUCGAGUUCGCCGCGGAAAUCACGUAUCCAGCAGCGGAGGGAACUACCAGCGGCUUGCUGAACGCCAGUGCCCAGAUCUUCGGAAUAGCAUUAACAUGGCUGAUGGGCAUAGUAAUGCAUAGUAUCGGAACAUUAACCAGCAACAUUAUAAUGUCGUGUUGCCUAUUGCUGGGAACCCUUUUAACAUGCUUUAUUAGAGAAGAUUUGAAGAGACAGCGUGCGCAUUCCAAACAUUCACAAUUACCGACCUCCGAGACUAAACUCACAAGUUGCACAAUACAAACGGAGCAUUAUUAA